AAAUGGUUGAUUUGAAUUCGAGAUGUAAUAAAAAAAUUGAAUCAAAUAGUAAAGAAUCUAGGACUAAACCUAUAUAUAUUGGAGGAGAUACUAACAUGGCUCGCAGAAACGUUAAUGAAUGGAUUAAAUCUUUAGAAGAUUACACUAGAUGGAGUAUUGUAGAAUAUCGCGAUGUUGUUUCGAUUUUUGAAGUUCUGGGUGAUGACCUCCGCAGUCGUGUUCUCAAUACUUUAGGAAAAAAAAUUCUUUAUGCUAAUGUGGAUCAACGCAAAAUUACGUUUAUUCCAAAUCAAAAUCCAUAUGUUCAUGAAUUAGAUAUACCGGAAAAAUAUAAAAAAAAUUUUGUAGACCACCAAAUUUUUGCGACAAUAAUAAGUGAGAAAAAAGGUACUUUUUCUGUUCAGGUUAUGUAUACAACUGAUGAAUCUGCAAAUCUCCUCAUUCACCAAUUCAGAAAAUCCGGAAAGGAUAAAUGGAGAGAAUAUUCUUUAAAAAUCGGCUGGAUUAUUAUUGGCAUUCCCAAUGAUUUUGAAUACUUUGAAUUUGAGGAUUUUAAUGAUUUAGAAGAAUUAGAAAUAAAAGUUACUACUUGCGCACUGAAGAAUUAUGCAAAUUCUCUUGAAUAUAAUCCACUUUAUUUAAAAAUAAUUACUGGAAUACACUUUCAUCAUAUUCCUGAUCAUAAAAGUUUGCAAAUGUGUAUCUAUAAUUACGAUUUGGAAAAUAAAUGUAUAAUAAAUGAAGGUUUACCAUCAAAUCUUUCAGUUCAAUUCUGGUUCGUAUACAUUCAUUAUAAUACCAUUUAA